CUCUUUCGCUAUUAUUAAUAAUAAUAAUAUUAUUUAAACUCUCACGCCAGGCAGAGGGGAGUGCGUCCGGGCACAUCAGCACUAAUCAAUAAACACUGCGGCUGCAGCGCGGGCAGCAGCGCCCCGCGUCCGUCAGUCCGUCCGCCCCCUCCCCCACCCUCCUUCCACCCGAGACCCAGAGCCCUCUGAGCUCCAUUAUCCGGCUUCAGCGCUCCGCGCGUCCGGGCCAGAAAUCCUCGCCAAGCAAUCUCUGACCAUCUCAAGACCAGUGGAAGAAACCCUGGGCUCCAGAGGAACUCGAGAGCAGAGCUACUGACCGGUGCCUCUCCAAGGAAAAGGCAGAGGGCCGGAGCACCCAGCUAAGGAGACUCCAGGCCCUGAGAAGUCAAAGUCACUGGAGGUCUGUGAGCAGGAGGGUGACAUUGUGACAUUGCCAAAGCUUAAUUUGACCAGGAAAAUGUCAACCCUACAUUCUCAGAGAAGAAACAUUUUCAGGGGCUGCAGAUGCGCCUGCCGCUGGUGGGGCCGUCUUCCCAGAGUCCAAGACCUGAGACAGACAGACGGAUGCAGGCCAGGGCAUCACCAGCACCUGGCAGCAUGUUGCCCAGUGGCCUCCAACCUCGCGAUGACCUGUCUGCACAGCAAAAGGCCACGUACAGCACGACCCCUGCCCUCAGGAAAAGCUAACAUGGAACUCUGCCUGUGCUCGGCCUCCAAAAAGAUGACUUUGAGUUUCCUGGGUCACUUCUCCGGAUGAAGGAGGGAUCACUCCACCUUUCUUGGGGUCCAGAAGGACUUCACCACAUUGCCCAUUCUCAGCCCCAAGUCUUCACCCAUAUUUAUGUUUAGAAACCAAGGGAACAGGAACAGACUCCCCCCGAACUCUCAACCCAAGGGGGUGAUGUAUGAAUUUUCCACCUUGCCUCUUGGAUCCAUUGCUGCAGAGAAUAUAAGGGGAAAAGCCAAGCCCAACAUUCUUCCUGAUUUGGGACCAGAUACAGACGAUGGUGCAUCCUCCUGAUCCGGGAGGAAAGACGUAAGCCGGGUCUAUUACCGAAUGGCAUGUGUCAUCAGAAAAGGAUGUCAGGGUGCUUUAUUUAAAACUUUGUUUUCUCAGGUUGUAUUGCCCAAGUGUGUCUUGGCACAGACAAGCUCAGCCUCAAAAAUUCCAAGAUGUAUAAAGAGGUUCACAGAGCCGAAGCUAUUAUAGUUGGUUCUAUGCCACUAACACCUUCCCCCCCCACCUCAUUCUUGCAGAGCCGUGAAGUGAUGACUGAAUUUCGACUAGAAAAAUUUCAUUCUCUCCUUCCUCCUUGCAACUCUGGGGCCUCUUCUAGACAAAAUCAUUUAUGUGCUCCAAAAAGAAAAAUGUAGAACUCACGGUGAUGUGGAACCUUUGGGGAUUUCUUGGACAAGACCUUCAGAGUCAAAGCUUUCACCAUCCCAGGACAGCUUGCAGAAGAAUUCUCUAGCAGCCUGCUCUGGUUAAACUGGUCAAAUUGCUCGCCCUUGGCUAGAAACCACAGGCACUCAAAAGACCUUCCCUCCCCCACCCGAAGAGCAACAGACCAUCACUUGAUGGAGGCUUAGCACGCUCAUGUGAUGUCUUUUGGCGAUUUUUCAGGCUGAGGAUAAACUCCCGUCAAGGACCUGUUUCACCUGACAGCUAGACCUCUUCACAUCCACUUAGCCAGGCUGAAACCAAGGUCAUGUAUGGAGAAGAACAGAUGUGCCUUUUUAAAACACAAGCCCUCCUCUGGUUCCCAGUGCUCCUUGGUAACUGGAUGGAAAAGUAACAAGGACUUUAUUUUUCCCUUAAACUUGAGACUGUUUGGGGGCACGGCCAUUCUUAAGUGUUAAGUGAGAGACUUGAAGACCGUCCCGUGCAGCCCAUAAACUUCUCUUGGGACACAGCCCUUCUGGGCGGGACCUAAGUCUCAAUUCCCAGGAAGCCCAGCCCUUGCCAAUUACCUCAGCACCAAGAAAUGGAACAGGGCUGAGUGUAGUCACGUCUGUCCCCAGGUCCUUGCUUUAUUUCCAAGCUGUAUGACCUCAGCCUCUCAAAGUUACCACUAGCAAGGCUGGAAUUUAGUUUUCAUCCCCUCAUCCAUGCUGGGUAAGAACACCUGCUAGAAAAUAACAAAUGGGAGUCUGAAAAAUGGUAUGCAAUGAACUGUCAUCAAGUUCCCUGAGGGCUCAGUGGGUUAAGGAAUUGGCAUCAUCACUGAAUGGUGCAGGUUCGAUCCUUGGCCCAGGAACUUUCUCAUGCCCUGGGCAUAGAAAAAAAAAAAAAUCAGUCAUGUUGCUUUCACAAGGGCUUAAGAUCCUGCCCCAGCCCUGAUUCUAAGUCAGUUGUGAUUGGAACAUGCCCACAAAGUGGCGGGAUGCCUCCAAGGAGGCGUUCGGUGACUGGGGAGGUGGAAAAGAACAGGAAGCUGGCACAGGCCCAGCUGAGCCAAGCAGACAGUUCUUCUGGGUCAAAUGCUCGCCUUCUGCCCAGCCAGAGCCAGGUCAGCCCAGGCAUGUGACAGAAAAAGAAGGAGUUUCGUGUCAGGAGUUAGGAAACCCAAGAUCAAGGUGUGGAGCUGCCCUGAAUGAGUCCUGUGCCCUCAGCAGCUGGAGUUUUACUGUGAAUUGGUGUGGCUGGAGCAUCUGUGUCCAUUCCAUGAACUUUUUAAGAGCUUUUUUGUUCAGAAGAAUUUUGACAGGACUUCAAAGAUAUUAUUGGUUUGGUUGUAGCCCCAAAGGCUUGAGAAACAGCUGUUUUCCUUCCACACCAUCUUGAACCACAAGUCAUGCAUAAAGGUAUGAUGUAGCAUGAAGUUCUUGAGGGAUAUCCAAAGAUGCAUGAAACUAGGAGGAUGAAAAAGGCAGAAUUUGAUCUUUUGCAAAACUUACAAAUAUGUGGCAUCAUCAGAACAACUGUUCAGUUUCUAUAAAGAUAAAUUCAUCUGUCUUGAAAAAUGCUAAAGAUUAUUUUCAUGCAGAAGAUAAAUCACUGGAAGAGACAGUAAAGAAUUCAAAAGGUGCCCAGACCUGACUCACACCGAGAAGUCACUGGAUGUGAGCUGUCCCAGGGAGCAACCAGGCUUGGACAGGCUGAUUCCUGCAGACGAGGGGUUUCCUGGAGGAUGGCUUCCAUCUUGGAUGGAUGAAUUAAAAGAAUUUCCCAUCUGUCUUAUGACUCUUUUCUGGAGCCUUGGGACUUUGGCGGUGUGGGAUUUCGUUUUCUGGACAUUGGCCUGGUGUCUGUGAACAUCUCCUUGAACUCCGUUACAGGCUUGCUCUCUGAUUCCUUUAAGUUUUAGGGGAAAACGUUCUGCUCCUAUGAAGCAUGAGCAUGGGUCAGCAGCUGCUGAUGAAUUGAUGGGGCAGGGUCACCUGUACCAGCACUGCCCUUGUCCAGAUAAAGAUGAAUGCCAUGUCUCAACCAACACUGAAAAUUUGAAGUUGAGAAGACAUUUGCUAAGUCAAGCCACUUCACUUGCAGAACAAGCAGAUUUUGUCUAUGAGGAAGAAGAAUCAGAAGAGCUGUUGUCUCUGGGGAUGGAGCAAGGAAUGACUGCACUUUCUUUGAGGGAAGUUGUUAUUCAAGUCAAAUACAUCAUAAUGCAGAAUUCCUUGUCAGUACCACCAAAAAAUCAAGGAGAUGUUUCCAUGGUCACCAGUCCGGGUGAGAAACAGCUGACUCAGAAAAUGUUGGAACCUCCUGGAAAAACAGUGUGUGCAGGUGACUCAAACGUCCCUUCCGGAAUGCUUCCGAGUGGCCAAGGUCUGCAGAGUAUGAGUCAGUUCAGAAGUAUCGCCCCGAAACUUGCACCCCGAUUGCUGGCGCCCAGAGUGCUCCCUGGCCCCUCCCAGCAGGCGAAUCCUGGCCCCUCCCUCAGUGCCAAGGCCCCAGGGGUGCCCCCCCAGAGUUAUGCGCUGAUGCAAGUGGCUGGCCAGGAGGGGACCUUCUCUCUCGUCGCUCUGCCACACGUUACCUCCGCUCAGCCGGUCCAGAAGCCCCGACUGCCUCUUCCCGAGAACCUCAAACUGCCCAUUCCCCGGUACCAACCCCCCAGACACAGCAAAGGGCCAAGAAGGACACCGGGGCCCAGCACCUUCCAGGGGAGCUGCAGCAAGCUGCCUGCCCAAACUCAGGCGCCCCCUUCCCCAUCUGAGCAUCCUGAGCCCCUGAAAAAGCCCAGUCCGCCCAAGCGGGCCCCAGCUCCAGACCCCGCCCUGGCUGGCAUGGGCCCAGCCACACUGACCAAUGGGGGUGGCCGUGGAGACCCUGGGCCUGCCGGGACCAGCAACCAUGGAGGGGGGCACCCUCCAGCCACCCCAGCAUCACCCAUGCCAGAGGAACAGGGCCUUCCCAAGUGCUCAGGGAAAGCAAACACUGUAGACAGGAGAGCAGGCAGGAGAGCUGCUGCCACUGCCAGCGAAAAACGUAAAGAAAAGGUCAACCUUGCCAAAGCCGGGACCCAUUUGUCACCAGGCGUUUGGGGCCACGCGGCUCAGGUGAUCACUUCCUUCCCUGGAGGUAAGCUACCCAUCCUGCCCUACUCAAGAGUGAAGACGCUCGAGCCUUGCAGAAGCGAAGCCGCAGUCCACGCGGCAGAUUUUCCUGGCCCUGGGCUCAGGGCAGACAGUGGCAAGACCUCCUCCUCGGUCACAGAAGGCUUCUGUGUGGCCCCCCAGGUGGCCAGCAAAGUCCCUGCCUCUCAGAGGUCAAGGCAGAGCCCCUGUGACAGUGCCUUCCCUCCAGCCACCAAAGCCGACCUCAACCACAAGCCAAAAGUGAAUGGCGGGGCAAAGAGAAGAGGACGAAAACGGAAGGUACCUGAUGACCUCUCCACGUUUCAGGGGAAAAGGAGGAAAUGUGUCAUUACCAAGGGUAAAGAAGGCAAAGAGAGAGUCAAAACCGAUCCCCAGGAAGCCAGAGGCCAAAAACCUGGGGCUGUGAAAAGAUAUCGGAGCAUCAUGCCCAAACCUGUCCUGGUGCUUCCAGCCCUGGCUCCCCUGGUCCCUCCCGUGACCCCCUUUCAGUCCCCUCUGCCCGGCCAGAGCAUGUGGCUGAGUAAUUCCCUCAGCCCCAAGGACCCAGGCCGCAAGCAGGACAGCAGCCCCUCUGCCAAGCCCACCUCCGCCUCCAGAACUGGGUUCUCCGGCAUCUGGAAGCCAUGGCACAGGUGCCACGUGUGCGACCGCCACUUCCAGUACAAACAGCACCUCCGGGAGCACAUGAACACACACACCAACAGACGGCCCUACAGCUGCCGGCUCUGCCGCAAGGCCUACGUGCGGGCGGGCAGCCUGAGCGCACACAUGCAGCUCCAGCACGGCAGCGAGGGCCGGCCCAGGAGGCUCAUGUGCUGUGAGUUCUGUGCCAAGGUCUUUGGCCACGUUCGAGUCUACUUCGGCCACCUGAAGGAGGUACACAGGGUCCUCAUCAGCACUGAGCCCGGCCCCUGUGAGCAGAGCCGAGAGCAUCCCACCAGGGGGCUGGAGGACCCCGGGCCCAGUGCCGGGACGCGAGGGGCCGGCACAAGAGAGUGCUUAGCUUUAAGAACUGGGGAGACCAAGCCCAGCUUGGAAGAAGACCUCCUUCUAAACCAAGCCGACGAGGUCAAAUUCCAGAUCAGAUGUGGCCGCUGCCAGAUCACUGCCCAGUCUUUUGCUGAAAUCAAGUUCCACCUGCUCUAUGUCCACGGAGAGGAAAUUCAGGGCAGAUUACAAGAGGAGAUCUCACCAGGAAGCAAGGGAGCUCAGGGAGAACGGGUCAGACAUGCCGCUUCUUUCUGGAAACAGCAUCCAGAGAGACGAAAGAUGCUUAAGCCUUGUCCCUCUGAGGGGGAGCUCCAUUCACUUCCCAGAUUGAAAAAGCAGUCCUACCUCCAUCAUGAGGGUGAUGUGGAAAUACACACGAAGCAGGAAGGACCCGGUGAGCCAGGAGGAGACCCCCAGGGCCGUGGCCCUCACGCCGCCCUCCCCGAGUCCCAGUUGGGCUUUAACUGCGUGCUCUGCGCACAGACGCUGGGAGGGAAGGAAGACCUGCUGCUGCACUGGGAGCACCACCACAAGUGUGAGGACCCCCCCAAACUCUGGACGAUCCUCGGGGCUCUCUCCCACCAGGGGGGCUUCGAACUUCCCGGAGAAACCCGAAAAUGAAGCCCCUGGGGACAAGGGGAUGAGGAGAGGCUGGCUCUCAGCUUCCUCUCUGAGUUUGCAUGUCCUGGUGGUGCUCAGUUAUCAAACACGGUAGGAGGCUCAACAUUAAGGACAGGAGUGAUUUUGUACCUCCUUUUAUUUGCUUAUGAAAUACGUAUGUAUAAAUGCCCUUGAUGCGUAUUUUUCUAAUAUAUGCAGUUUUAUUUUAAAAGUC